AUGAGUGGUCGUACGGCUCUGGUGGUCACCAAUAUUAACACCAUCAACAUCAAGAACACAUUCAGAAGUGGUCAAUUACAAUCUUAUUGUGAUUUAAUAUGUCGUCAUGAAUUAUAUGUUGAAUAUCGAACAUCAAUAAUAACACAUCAUCAAUUUUUUUUUUAUUUGAACAAAGUAAUAUUUGUACAUAAUUUAUUUGGUCUUAUACAUCGUACAUCAGUUGCAAGUCAUUUAUUUGUUUGUGAAGGAAUACAUUUAGAUGAAACUCAAUUAAUUGUUUAUGAUCGUAUUGAAAUGAUGUUAAUACUUGACCAACAAACAUUAAAUAAACAAUUAUUACCUAAAUAUUUACCAUUAACGUUAUAA